GGCCGGGCCACACCCUCCUCCUCCUCCUCCUCCCGCCGCUUCCUGCUCGCCGGCGAUGCGGGGCUGGCGCUGACGCCCGGCGCGGGAAGCAGCCGGAGCGCGGAGCAUGCGGGCAGGGGCCCGCCGCUAGCCCCGCCGCGUGGGCAGAGGGCAAGGCCCGCCCCGCCCUGCCCUGCCCUCCCGCAGCCUCUCGCUGCCCCCGGCCAUUGAUGGAAUGAUGGUGCGGGGCCGGCAGGGCGAUCCCGCCGGGCUCAGUCUCCGUGGCGGCUGCGGUGGCCCAGGCGGUGCGAGGGGGGCGGCCAGAGGCAUGCGAGUGCCCCCCCGGGGCGAUGGCUAGUGGCGGCUCGGGCAAGUCCGCCAGCGAGGUGCCCAGCAGCGGCUCGCUGCAGAGGAAGAAACUCCUCUCCGUGUGCGACCACUGCAAGAUCAAGAUGCAACUGGUGGCCGACCUGCUCCUGCUGUCCAGCGAGACCAGGCCGGUGGCCACCGAGAGCCUGGCGGCCUUCGGCGAGUCCUUCGAGAAGUGCAGGGACACCGUCAUCGCCCGCACCAAGGGGCUCUCCAUUCUCACCCACGACGUCCAGAGCCAGCUCAACAUGGGCCGCUUCGGGGAGGUGGGCGACAGCCUGGUGGAGAUGGGGGAGCUGGUGGUCUCGUUGACCGAGUGCUCCGCCCACGCCGCCUACUUGGCUGCCGUGGAGACCCCGGGGGCUCAGCCCGCCAUGCCCGGCUUGGUGGAUCGCUACAAGGUGACCAGGUGGAGGCAUGAGGUGGAGCACGGGUGCGGGGUCUUGAAGACCACCCCUUUGGCAGACAUGAGCCCGCAGCUCCUGCUGGAGGUCUCCCAGAACAUGUCAAAGAACUUGAAAUUCCUGACAGAUGCCUGCGUGCUGGCCAGCGAGAAAUCCAAGGAUAAGUUUGCCAAGGAGCAGUUCAAACUCAGUGUCAAAUGCAUGAGCACCAGCGCCUCUGCCCUCCUGGCCUGUGUCAGGGAGGUCAAGACUUCGCCCAGCGAGCUGACCAGGAACAGGUGCAUCCUAUUCAGCGGACCCUUGGUGCAAUCUGUCUAUGCUCUGGUGGGCUUUGCCACUGAGCCCCAGUUUUUGGGCAAAGCUGCCACCAUUAAUCCAGAGGGCAAAGCUGUGCAAACAGCCAUUCUAGGAGGAGCCAUGAGUGUGGUAUCUGCUUGUGUGCUCCUGACCCAAUGCCUCAGGGAUAUAGCCCAACACCCAGAAAGUAGCACCAAAAUGAACGAUUACAGGGAAAGGUUGAGGAACUCAGCUUGCGCCGUCUCGGAUGGGUGCAACCUGCUAUCUCAGGCACUAAGAGAAAGAUCUUCACCCAGGACUUUACCGCCAGUGAACUCCAAUUCUGUGAAUUAACUCCCCCACCCCUGUGUAGAUCCCAGUCAUGGCUAAAGGAAAAUAAUAUCCCACCUCCCCAGCCCCUUCUUUUUUAUAUACCAAAGAAUUUGCUUGGAGGACCUCAGUCCUUUAAUUUCACGUAGUGAUGAAACAAAGCAACAUACUCCAACUAUAUAUAGAAGGAAGUGAGGGUGGCCAAUUUGGGCCUUUUUUUUUUUCUAAUCAAAUAAUUAUUCACAAAUAAAUUUUCCAUUACUCAACAAGGUCUAAAUGCAAGGAGAUGGUAAUAUCAACUGGUAAAAGUUUUCUACCUGGGGAGGUGGGGGGAAAUCUAAAAAAGCUUUAAUCGCGCUGGGUGCGGUUUUUAAAGUUUGUCUUGUCUUGUCUUCCGAAAUUUCCCUUCUAAAUUUUUACUGUUCAGUUGUGCAGGAAAAAAAAGUUACCUCAGUUCUCAUAUUUGAAAAAAAAAAACACAGCAACAACUAGAUGAUGGAUGUAGCUACUUCUUUUCUUUGUAUGAUUUCUUUUUGAAUCAAGUGUUAGGUUAGAAGUGCAUUUGGUGUGUAGGAGUGGAAGGAGUGGAGGUUGUGAUUAUGUUUCCAUGUGUUGAUUUCCAAGCUGGGGGGGGUGGGGAAAGCUACUGUGAGUGUUUAAACAAACAAACAAAAAUUACACUAUAACAGAAGUGAUUUUAAUUUUUUUUUCCAAUGUCAGUUUUUAUCUUGCAUGUACUGGAGUAUUUAUUUCAUCUAUUAAAACGUUAUGUUUCUCAGA